AUGAAUGACCUUGUGCCCCAAAUCCAACAGUCCUGUGACCCUUCCUGGGCUUCCAUCAAGGACGCUGCAGCACAAGUACUCCGCCAAGCUCAGCAAUUCCUUCAACCAGGAGAGAUUGCCCAACGAGCGUGCAACAAAGGCAUGAUUGACCCCACUCCCGAGGGGACUGAUGCCACAAUUGAAACAUGUCUCACAGCCGACAUUGUCCAAGGAGGCUCUCAAUUUGCAAGGUCGGCAGAGGGAACGUUCGGCCUGCAGGCAUGGCUGGACCAGGAGGGGGAUGUUCUCGAAGAUGGUCACAUGCAGGCGAGAAUCAUGGGCAAGGCCUUGAACUUGGGAGCCCAUUAUGGCACAGGGUCGCACACUGGGCACACCAUCUCUGGCGACAUGAAGACGCCCGAAGAUGACCAACAAUGUUACCAUCCAGGAAGCUACGAGGCGUCCCGAUCAAGCUGGCAAGGACGUGCGUCUGCAAGUGCUCACAGGCAGGAGGUGCGACCCCCAACGCCAAUGCCACGCUUCAGCAGCAACUCCGUGCAAUGGACGCCCAAUGGUGGACGGGCCUCAGGGUCUGGCCAUGCCACUGAGCCAGGCGCACGAAGCUCUCAGAGGGUGGCCAUGCAGUACCGAGUGCCCUGCCAGGUGGGCAACAUGUGGACAGGAAGGCCCCCCUCCUGCGCUGACUCAAGGCAGCCUUUCCUAAACAAAAGCCCUUGUAUGAUGCAUUUUCCUAUUGGUCUCAAUUUUGGAAGUAGAGCCAGAAAGUGCCAUAGCGUCCCAAGGGGCACCACCCUCCCAAGCAGGACCUGUUGA